ACCCCUGUACCUUGCUUCAAGAUCAAUAUCAUUCAGUCUACAUGAGACAAAGAGUAUUGCUGUCAAUGACACUUAAUAUUAAAAUCUUAUGUCAUCUCUUUAUUUCAAUGAUCUUUGCAUGGUGUGUCACUUGAUAUUAGGCUUACAGUCCCUUUAAGACAAAUACAUAUUCGUCAUUCAAAGAAAAUACUGUAAAUGGCCAUCAUACACUAAAUUGAAUUCUACAUCAUAUUUUAUCAUUAGAUAGCUAUGUACACCUGUUUCCUAGUGUGCAGUUUAUUAUUCUCAGUAACUACAUCAGCGCCAUCUAUUGUUGAUUUAAUGAAAUCAUCCCCGAACAUUAAACCGUACUGUACAGACUGCAGGCCUGUUUGCUGCUUACUGCUUGAAUGCUCGAGGCAAGACUGUCCAGAAUGUCACGAAAAGACACCAGCGUGUGACACCUCCUGCCCCUGCACUGUUAAAUCAGGAACUGGUAUUGAUGAUCUCUCUUCCACGUGGACUAAAGAUUCCUUGAAUAUAAACGAAGACGACAUUCACAAACCUUUCUCUGUUACUAAGCAAGAAGAAAACAAGCAAAUGCCAUGUGGGGAUAAAUCCUGUGGUCUAUCCUGUUCAAAAAAUCAAUUAUGCGCAAAUACAGGAGAAAGUUGUGAAUCUUUUCCAUGUUGCAGCACUGUGGCCUGUAUUUCAUUUUAAUAAAAUUGUAUAUUUAUUAUUAUACAAUUUUAUUAUAUUAUAAUUAUUAUUAUAUACAA